AUGGUGUCGGAAUCGCUGGAGCCUGCGCCGGAGAAGCCAGUGGCUCCAGGCACGGCGAGACCAACGCCUCAGCUGCCUGCAAGCGAGCCCGUACCUCUGCCCAGGCAGAGUCCCGAGGAGAGGGCGGGGAAGCAUGCAUUCGGCUCUGUGGCACUAUGCCUACCGACCGUCCGUGACACAGUGGUAGCAUCUCUCAUCGUCAUGAUUUUCCUCUCAGCAGGUCUGAUUGUCUUGACAUUUUCCGAGCAAGGGCUACCAGGUGCGUCCAAGACCUAUGGUUCCUCUCUGUCUUUGCGAGUGGUGGGCUGGGCUAUUCUGUACUACAUCCCCGUUCACUACAUCGCAGUGAGCAAUAUUCGCGGCUUCACGCUCUUCGGCAAUUCGCCUGGGAACAGUGUCUGCAUCUGCAGCAGGAUUGCGGGCAGUGCGCGAAUUUCAUGCACCCUGCAGACUCUGUAA